AUGGAUUUUUUAGCAGAUCUACCAACCCAUUUACCGAAUGAGGAUUCUCAGGAGCAUUUGGAUGAGAUAGAAUUGAGGAAAGAGAGUGAAGCUGUCAAAGACACUCCGGGUGAUGAUAAUCUCGUGGAAGAUGGUGUUGACAGUAACUCCGUGGACCCUUCGGCUGACCCUGGGAAGCCAAUACCAAUUCCAGGGACCUCAAUUGUCCUACAGACAGAAGAGGAUAUACAAAAAUGGAUCGAGGAAAGAAAGAAAAACUGGCCUACUAGGAAAAGAAUGCUUGAAAAGGAGGAGAGUUCAAAACAACACUCCACCUCUUCUGCCGAUUCACCGCCCAAAAAGAAGAAUCCAGGCAUUUGCAGGUUCUAUGCUACCACAGGCAAGUGUCGGAAUGGCAACAAGUGUAAAUUUGUUCACGGACCUCCAAACUUACCUAACCAUAGAGCUGUAGUCCUAGGAGGUAUCACCGUGCAAGUGCCAAAGAGGUUCUCCCCAUCGUUGAAUAGGGGUAAGCUAAACAAUAUGCUGGUAGAGGAUGAGCAUUUCAAGAAAGAAAACGACCAAAUUCUGGACUUUAUCACAAAAUUAUUCACAGAAAACAUAAUCACCGAGACGUUCGACGAAAUUACACAGCAUAUACGGAAGGCGUAG